CUAGGGUGGCUGGGGUCUUUGACAAUUUUUAGGGCCUUCCUCUGACACCACCUGGUAUAGAGGUCCUGGAUGGCAGGAAGCUUGGCACCGGUGAUGAAUCAACAUAGAAAACUAAAUGGAUUUGCCAAAAAUGAUCAACGUAACGCAUUCCGUCUUUUUUCCACCUAACUUUUAACCUAAACCGAAUGACAUGGUGAAAUGUUUCGUUGAUUUCACGUUGAAUUCACAGUAGAUGACAGCUCAACCAAAUGUUAAUCAAAACCAGACGUUGAACUGAUGUCUGUGUCCAGUGGGAAAGGACUUUGCUCAUGAUGUGCGCCCCUAAAACUGAUAAAAAUGUUACAACAUGCCUGAGCAAACUGGAUUUGUAGGUACAGAUGUAACCAUGAGCUAUUCAAGUUUCAAUGUCAAAUGCACAAGUACAGGGAAAUGCCAUUCUUGCAAGCAAGGCAACAAGGCAGUAAUCAAUGUCAGUGUAGUACUAACAAUAACAUAAGGUAGAACAAAAACACACAAGAAAUAAAAACAAGAUAAGUAAGAAGCUAUAUACAGGGUCAGUUCCAAUAUCAUAUUUACAAUGUGCAGUGAUUCUGGAGUGAUAGGGGUAGAUAUGUUUUAGGGUAAGCUGACUAGGCAUCAGGAUACAAGAUAAACAAUGUAUUUAUCUGAGUGGCAGUGGUGCUCCCAAGUCAAAAUUGAAUGUGCAUUCCACAGGUCACAUUUAUAAGUGUGUUAAAAAAAAAAUAAAGAUUAGGAAAAGGUUUGCAGCACACCUGACAGCUUCUCAAGGCACACCCGUUGAAAACCAUUGCACUAGAUUACAUGUUUAGUAGCUCUACAUGUUCUCAAUGGGUAGACAAAAAGAAAUGCAGUGCUAGUGUAUGUCAAGUUGUUCAUCACAGAGUUCACAGAGUUUUAGAGCUUUUGUUCUUACAGUAUAUACAGAACCGAACAGAUUGAUGAGUGAUUAUGUCCUGUGUGUUUAGCUACUUAGUAGGUGGGGUGCUGUACCCAGGAUGUGCUGUAUGAAACGUUCAAUUUUGGUCUGUUAUAAGAAAAUGUGUUUAAGAUUGCAAACUGAACACAGUCACAGUAGAAAUGCCAGCUUGUCUGCAAUGAUGAUGGGGGAUUUAUGCAUUUGGAGUUUAUUAUCUCAGUGUCAGAGGUCAGAGAUAACCAGGCUGAGAACAUGGUGGUAGCUAGUGGUUCCACGGGAACAGUCAGGGCACAUGGGAAUAGUGGUGACCUCCAGCCAGUAGAGCCAGUCUGCAGUCCCCUGGGACCAGUCUGCAGUCGGUGGAGAGGAUGAAAGGUUCAGAAUGAUGCAUACAGUCUGUAGACACUCGGUCUGGGAGCAGGACAGCCUGUGGGAAAACAGAGGUAUGAAGGGGGGGGAUGGGGGGCUUGGGGGACCUCUCAGUUAACUUCUCACACAGCAGGUGUGUCUCUGUGAACUUUAAAAUAGCAUGCAGGUUUCCUCGUUCUUUUGUACAUGGUUCUGAAAAAUGGAUGAGAACACCAGGUUCUGCCAGGUUGUGUUGUCUUUGCAGAGGCCGGAGUCGGCAGAUCAGUCACGGGUCAGGAGCCAAUCAUUUCAUCCUGAGUGGCUUGGAGCCAGAGCCAUUGGCCAGGGCAGGCUAGGGACCCGGCUUUGGGGACAGGAGAGAGGAGAGGGCCUUACAGGCUGCCCCAUCCACCACAACACCAGCCAAAGCAGGCUAAGGGCUGAGGCCUGGCUAGGGGCCAGGCUUUUGGGAGAGGAGGCUAGGAAAGCACCGUCCACCACAACACCAAGCAAAGUGGAGACAAAAGCUAAAGGAACUGGUCUUUGUUAAGUUCAAUCUGAAUCUCAAGACCACCACCUUGGACAAACAGCGCCCUGAAGGAAACCCAAUAACAAACAAUCAACUGUUUUCUGUCGGAUCGUAUUCUGAAGGCAGCCAGGGUGGUGCAUAGUGCCUUGAUAGUACGUAGCCCUGGCCUGAUCAGAGACAGAAAGCAUCACCUGAAGACCUACAGACAAUGUUGUUCGGGGAAAGAGCUUGUUGAUUGGCUGAUGAAGCUAAACGAAUGCUUCCAAUCGAGGAGCCAGGCAGUUGGCAUGUGGCAAGUCCUGGUGGAUGAAGGAAUCAUUGUUCAUGUGAAGCAGGAGUUAAACUUCCAUGACAAAGACACUCAAUUUUACCGCUUCCUGGAUUUGGAGUUCGGACUGAACCACAUGACCAAUGAGAAAAUCUCACUGAACCACACAACUAAUGAGAAGGACCAAUUAGACGAUGAGCUGCAGGAGGGUUUGUCGUUAUUACUGCAGAUUGGUCCAGAUGCUCUUUUGACCAUGAUUUUACGCAAAUGCCCCAGCCAGCGUAGUGCGGAGGACCUGGAGGUGAUCUAUGAGGAGCUGCUUCAUGUCAAGGCUGCUGCUCACCUCUCCACCUCAGUCCGUAAGGAGUUGGCAGCAGUGCUGAUGUUUGAGUCCCAUGCCAAGGCAGGCACAGUCUUGUUCAGUCAGGGAGACAAAGGCACCUCCUGGUACAUCAUCUGGAAGGGCUCUGUCAAUGUCAUCACACAUGGAAAGGGUCUGGUGACGACGCUACAUGAGGGAGAAGACUUUGGGCAGCUGGCCCUGGUGAACGAUGCUCCCAGAGCAGCCACCAUCAUCCUGAGAGAGGACAACUGCCACUUCCUACGAGUCGACAAACAGGACUUCAUACGCAUCCUCAAGGAUGUGGAAGCUAACACCAUGCGUCUGGAGGAACAUGGUAAAGCUGUGCUGGUGCUGGAGAAGGCUGAGUCAACCAAUCCUGGAGGGGCAGGAAACAGCAGCAAGUAUACAGUGAUGGCUGGAACUCCAGAGAAGAUCCUAGAACACCUGCUUGAGACAGUGAAGCUGGAUACUAAUGGCAGUGAUGCUAUAGGGAGGAAGUGGACGGGACACAAAGUGGAGGGACACAGAGUGCCAUUAGUCCUUGUUAGUGAGUUAUGUGUUGUUCUGUCUGUGCCCACAGAUCCCUGUGUGAGCGACUUCCUGCUAACCCACAGGGUCUUCAUGCCCUCCAGCCAGCUUUGCCCGGCCCUGCAACACCACUAUCAUGCCGAGCCUUCUGAGGGCUCAGAUCUGGAGAAAGCAGCCUAUGCCCUCAACACCAAGCAGAAGAUAGUGAAGUUGAUUUGCCAGUGGGUGGCGGUGUUCGGCCAGCUGCUCAAAGAUGACCCCAUCGCUGUAGACUUCCUGGAGAGGCUGGGGGAGGAGGUGGCAGGUGACUCCCGUCUGUCCAGUAUGCUGAGGGAGCAGCUCAGAGACAGGAGGAGAACCAGAGCGCUUGAGAAUGAACUCGGGUCACUGACAAGGCUUAACCAUCAGUUUGACUGGUUUUCCAGUUGUGAGGAGCCAGUGGGGAAGUGUCUGCCAAUCAGAUCAAAGGACAAAGUAUUGUAUGAGAUCUUCCGGCCAGACCAUACGUCAAUCACUCUGAUGCUGCCGGUGAACACCUCUGUUCAGGAAAUGAUGUCAUCGCUGGUAAACCCAGGAGGAGACCACGUCCUGGUCAAAAUGAACUCCAUGGGAGACAGGGCUCAGCUGAAGCUGGACGCCACAGCAGUCCACACCUCUCUGGGGCUGAAUGAGAGACUGUUCCUCUGCACUGCCAGCCAGGUGGAACAACUGACGCCCCUGAAGGAACAACAGGGCCCUGAUCAGAGCACCAUUGACACUUUGGAGCAGAUGUGUUCCAAGGACAUCGCCAGCCAGCUCACCAACUACGACUGGGAACUGUUUACCGCCAUGCAUGAGGUGGAACUAGUGUACUAUAUAUUUGGGCGACAUAAAUUCCCAGGCGCCACCACAGCUAACCUGGAGCGUUUUGUGCAUCGCUUCAACGAGGUGCAGUACUGGGUGGUGACGGAGGUGUGUCUGUGUGCUGACCUGAUGAAGAGAGCCAUGCUGCUGAAGAAGUUCAUCAAGAUGGCCGCCAUGUUGAAGGAGCAGAAAAACCUCAACUCGUUCUUUGCUGUGAUGUUUGGUCUUAGCAACAGUGCUGUACAGAGACUUUACAAGACCUGGGAGAGAGUGCCGAGUAAGACGAAAAGGGUCUAUUGUGCCUACGAGAGGUUAAUGGAUCCGUCACGUAACCACAGAGCCUACAGACUGGCUGUGGCGAAGCUCAGUCCUCCCUACAUCCCCUUCAUGCCUCUGCUACUAAAAGACAUGACAUUCAUCCAUGAGGGAAACAAGAACUACACGGAAAAACUGGUCAAUUUUGAGAAAAUGCGCAUGAUUGCCAAGACAGUGAAGAUCGUUCGAGGGUGCCGAAGCACACCUUACGUGCCUUCCUCACCUCAGAAGGGACUCGCAGACAGAAUGUUUCUGGAGGCGCCUUCCAUUCGGGUGUCCACAUAUUCUGAGCAGUCCCUCCCUCUCCGGAAUCCUAGCAACAUCCGCCACUAUGUUCAGAACUUUGAAGUGAUCGACAACCAGCGCAAACUAACACAACUGUCCAGGGGAAUGGAGCGCUGAGAGCUGAACCAGACCCGUGUAUAAGGACUGUAUCUACAUAUCUCUGUGUAUAAAGACGGUCUAUAACACAGCCUGUGAAUAAGAGUUUGGCAGGUGAUUACACACCAUGGUCAUACUAAUCCACAUGCAAGCUCUUCUAUAGACUCAUGUACAUGUCUGGUGUCAAGAAUGGAGGACUGUGGAUGUUUCUGGGCUGUUCAGUGUCACACAGAGAGCAUUCAAGAGAAGCUGCUGUUUGGACUGCUAAUCAAGUGACUAGGACCUGAGGAGGGAUCUGACUGGCAGUAUCUAGUGACCCCUAGUGCCUUACCAGAGAUGUUGCUGGUCCAGCGACUGCUGUUUCUGAUCAUUUUGCGUGCUGUGACGCAACACUACACUCCGGAGGAAGAAGGGCAUAUAUUUGGCAUUAGCCGUUAUUUAUACGAUCAUAUCUAUAGCAGACUAUGGUUUUACAAGUGCCAUGUACGGGUUGGGGCAAACGAGGCAGUGUUGGCUGAGAUUGUUGACAACAUGUAAACUAUAUUUAGUCUCCAAUGUUUUGUGAAAACAAAUACAUUUGCACAAUGAGCACUUCUCUCUCAAAUACAUCGUUACAGUUGUUGGUUAGCUAGCUAGCGAAUUUUUGCCAUAUUAGCAUAGAUGUGACAUCGGUCAAAACACCUCAAAACAAGACAUAGUAUCAAGAACAAGAUGAAACGAGCCACCUACGAUUCCCACUGGCAGCUUCUUGUCAUUGUUGCAAGCUAUCUGGCCAUCCAGAGUCACAACACAGACUUCUGCCCCAUUGACGCGUGUGCAUCGUUUUCAUGACGUUGUUAGCUAAUGCCUUGAUCACAGCGAUUGUGUUUUGCACAAAAUAUUACGCAGCAUCAUCUGGACGUGUGCAACAAAGUUCAACAUUCAUCUUCUGCUACCAUUUCGGUCAAGCCGUCUACGCAUACAGUUUGGCGCAUACGUUCGAUAAAUCCAACGUAGGGACCACACAGAACGCACUGCCUCUGCAACGCAAUGCUGCAAGGCAAACGCAGCGUUCCAUUUGAAAUAAAUGUACUUUUGGUGUACCAAAUGCCAAAACAAUGUUGGUGUGAUCGAGGUGUAACCCGUCUACAUAAGCAUAUACAGUAGAGCAGAUAUAUGCUAUAGCAUGUAGUUAUGGAGUGUUUGUUUUGACCUUUUUCCACUUUGUAAUACAAUUUUCAUGUACAAUAAAUUGUUUAGCAAUCAGCUAUGUUGCCAGAACGCAUACACAAAUGUGUAAAACAUUUCAUACCAUGUACGUUUAUUUUUUCUAAAUAAAUUAUUUUCAGAAUGA